AUGGAGGACGCCGUGGCAAAAUCCAAGGUGUUCACGCCAGAGGAUCUCGACCCCGGGCCUGAUGAAGACGAGCUGGACGACGUGCGCCGGCUCGGGCGGGCGCUGGCGAAGGAGAGGGGGACGCCGGCACUGCUCGACUGGGACGCCGACCUGGUCGGCACGUUGCUGGACAAGUUGGAGCAGCAGGGCAAGAUGAUGUCGACGUUGCGAGCCGAUCCGUCGACGAGCGAGGAGGAACAUUUUCGGCUUGUGCUAGUGCAGACGGAGAUGGAGCGGGCCAAGUGGCUCGUGAGGAGUUAUGUGCGGGCGCGAUUGCAUAAGAUCGAAAGAUACGCCCAGCACAUUGCUACAACGCCAGAACUGCAUGCACGGCUAUCGGGCGGCGAGCUGGCCCAUGCGCGGCGUUACGCAGACCUUAUAGCACGGCACUACUCUUCCUCCGUGCUAGACUCUCUCCCAGAAUGGUUGCGGCGGAUGGACGAGAGUAGCGGGGGAGUGUCCAUGGUAACGAAGCCCAACCACGCCCAACCGGUGCUCAUCUACAUUCGCAAAGACUGCGGCGAGCUCGUGCUCGAUGGCGACGAAGUGGCCGAGCUCACGAAGGGCUCGUCGCACUUGGUGCGGUACGACCUGGUCGAGCGGUGGGUGCAGCUCGGCUGGGCCGAGGUGCUGUAG